GAUUUUAAAAGUUGGAGGCCUUUGCAAAUUGUAUUAAAAAAAAAUCAAUUUUCAACUUAGGCCCAAAGUCAAAAGUCCAAGAACAAAAUUAGGGUAAAUUAUAGUAAUUAUUUAUCAUAAUAUAUUUUAGUAAUUAUUAUUUCUCCGUUUCUUUUUGUUUCACUUUUCUGCAUCUCUCUUUGUGUAAGAUCUCUCUGUGAAAAAAAAUGUCUACAUCCACCGGCCACUCCGUCACGCCACCCACGCGUAAAUCGUCCCGCCCGCCGCCUCUGGUCGAACACCCGCUUCUCUACGCCGCUAUGGAGCACCACCAAGUGCAGCCCCGCACAAACCUAUCUAUGGCUAACUACUACCAAGCAAUGGCUGACUACUACCAAGAGAGGGCCGACGCAUACCGAUCGUUUGCUAACCCUAACCCUAACCCUAAUCGAUUGAGGGCUAACCCUAGCACCCACCUAGUUAGACCUAGUCCCUACGAACAUGCGGCUGCUGCCCAACGGGCGAAUGCUAUUGCCCGACGUCUCCUCAGGAAUGCUUACUCCGAUCCAACGACCACACGUCAAGUGCCCGAUGCUAUGAGUACUAAUGCCAUGUAUAUACUACCACAGCCACAGCCAUCGCCACCGCCGCUUCCGCCACAGUAUGGGCAGAUGAUGACUCAGCAGUUUCAAGAGAUGCAGCUUGAAGAUCGGCAAGCUGACGUGGAACCUGGAAUCGGCAAAGACAAAGGAGAUGAUGAUAAGCCUCUUGCUUGAAAUGCUUUUUUUUUUUUUGU